AUGGCAAGCGUUCAAAAACAAGAGCUCACACUUUUCAGUGAUCAUUCAGUGCUUGCUGAGUCCCUUUUCGAAAAGGAUGUCCACCAGAUCAUUCUUAUAACGCACAAGCUGGGAACAUCUCCUAUAUGGCUGGUGAAUGCGUUGGUUGAAACGCUGGUUUUCGGAGCACCGCUCACGCUGAAUGAAUCGCAUAGCGGCGCUGUGAACCGCGCCAGAACUAGAACUACAUCGCAGGACACCAAUAGAAUUAGAAAAGCAGUCACCAUCGCAUCAUGGAUUCAUAAUGAUGAAUUCUACCACUCAGCCUUCGGGAAAUUGAAAAUCGAUCCUUCCAACUACAGCAUCAAUGACUAUCUCACGGACUUCGUACUGAAAAAUCACGGUAAGCCAGCUAGUAAAGUCCUGAAAUCUAUCGUUCAAGAAUUAUUAUCCGCACAAUCACAGACAGGUUUGCUCGUGCUCGAACAGCCAGAGUUGCUGAUGCAUCUAUUGAAUAUCAGCAGUGACGAGCUCCAUCUAGAUUUUAUCAACCCUCUAGCUAGAGCCGUGCCACUACUGGUAGUCGUCAGCUAUACUGAGUCGUACGAUAACCCUGGGACCGAGGCGGCAGAACAGGUACCCCGCGAUACAGUGGAGCAAAUCCGCUUCCAUACCGGAUGUUUCUUCAAAAGCAUUGCAGUCUUGGGAAUCAAGCCACUGGCCACAGGACGCGCAAAGGACAUCACAGGAAUAUUGACUAUAUGCCGAGGCGGUGCAACCACUUCUCACCUUCCUGUUGAUGUGGUGGAGAACGAAUAUUUAUUCCAUACUCAAAAAGACACUACAAAGCUAUUUUAUCGUUGA